AUGACGUCCAAACACAAAUUAUGUGAUCGAUUGAAAAAAGUUGGAUAUGCCGUAAAUUUCAUGACACCACAUAAUAAUUCAUUAUUUGCAGGAGAGUUGUUACAUAAUACGUUCGAUGCAGAAGAAUUAUUUUCAACGUCAUUAAUCCAACAUUUUCUUUUGAAUUAUUACGGUCAUUUAAGUAAAUUUUUAGAGAAUCCCGAGAAAUUCUUUGCUGAAAAGGGAAUUAAGAAUAAUGUUGUCUUUUGUGAUGCAUCUCCAUUAUAUCCUCUCAUCUAUGAUCCCAAUAUCGAGAGUGAAGUUCAAAAUCCUAACAACAAAGUUGGAGAGCUCUUUCAUCAUACUCUUCAAAUCAUGAAAGAAAGAAAUGUUCUUGUCAUGCAACUUUCUGCAGACAGACAUGAAAGUGCCUAUCGUCUUGGAAAUCACAAAUACUUUUAUACAGAGGAUUGGGCUGAUCAUCAAGAAAAACAAAUUGAAUACGAUCCAACGACUAUUCACAUCAAAAACAAACCUGUGGAGCCACUCUCCACUUCUCAAUACGAUGGAAAAUUUCAUUACUUUAAUGGUACUUAUCUAAAGGAUGAAUUUGAAAUUGUAGACUUUGUCUAUCACAAAUUUAAUCAGUUGGCUUCCACUUUUUAUGGAAGCAAGGGAAUUGAGGUAAGACCAUUAGAAACCACUGACACACAACAAGCAUGCUGUCUUCUUCUCGAGAACCAUUUGGGCAUUAAAUUCACUCUGCCCUUCUCCAAAGUCUCUGUAAAAACUUGA